AUGUACAAAUGGCCGAUGAAACAUGCAUGGCACGCUCAAGCUAGAGGAUCAGUGCAUGCAGCAACUUUGGAAAUAUAUCAAAAAGAAGGAAUGGUUUCUCGUGCUUUUUGUUUCUUUUCAUCAUGGGUGGUUCGGAAAAUCGUUCAAAUCGUAGAAAUAUGGAAGAAGGUGCCCCUGUUUGGCAAAAAGAGGCCGCGAAAUUUUCUGCCGCCAGCAGCACCGUCAUUGCCCCACCACAAUGGUCUUGGGGAUGGUGGUACCGCAGCUUUGAAUGCCAUUAGAACUGGUGAAGGUGAUAAAGAUAGUCUUGAUAGCCGGAAAGCUUGUAAUAUGGGGGAUUUAGAUGUGGGUGGAGGUGAUUGUUCAUCUUCUGCGUUUCAUAGUAGGGCGAAAUUGAGGAAAAUGUUUCAUGAUGGGGCUGUUGGUGACGAUUUGCUGUCCAAGAAUACGAUGGUCUUGCCCUGUCACGGUUCUGAUAUAAACCUAAGCUGCAAUGAUUUACAGCUUGAAUAUGUGAAACCUGUUAUUAAUAAUGUGAAUGGUUCUGUGAUAAUACCUGCGGAUGUAGUCAAUAGGGGGAGUCUUCCAUAUUCUCGUACCCUUUAUGGAUAUUUCAUUGAAGAAAAGGAGAUCGAUUUUUCCUUGGUUGAAUACCAUAUUUGUAACAUGUGGAAAACACAUGGCAUUGAAGAUGUCAUGGAGAACCAUAAGGGUUUCUAUUUUUUCAAAUUCAAGACUGAUGAAGGAAUGUUAUUAGCUCUAGAAAAUGGACCAUGGACCAUUAAUAACAUCCCUAUUUUUUUCAAGAGGUGGACUCCAGGUUUAGUUCUUGAUAAGUCUAAACAUGAUAAACUCAAACUCCCUGUUUGGAUUAGAAUCUAUGACAUUUCUCUUGAGUUAUGGAACAAGGAAGGGUUGAAUAUUAUUGCUAGUAUGCUUGGUAAUCCUUUGGCGGUUGAUACUUGUACAGCAAGGAUGUGUAUGAAGGCCUCUGGUAGAGCUGGAUAUGCUAGAAUUCUGGUUGAUUUUGAGGCAACUGGAAAUUGGGUUGAUGAGAUUUCUGUUUCUAUCCCUUAUGGCAAUGGAUACUCAUUGUCCACUCUUCGGGUUGAGUACAGUUGGAAACCAGGUAACUCUUUUUUUUGCAAGGUGUUUGACCAAACGCAUACGGAUAGCAGUUGUAUUCCCCAAAAAGUUUUGGCAAAGAACAAAGACAAUGAACUUAAUGAGAUAAGGUUGAAGAAAGAAGAAGAAGAGAGGGAAGUCAAGAGAAGAUAUAAGGCACAGCCUCAUCUGUAUACUAUUAUCAAGGUUGCGCGUGAUGAAGACAUGUUAGAACAGAUUGGGAAGGAUAUAUAUUUUGAUCUCGUCGACCAUAACAAAGUCUGUAGCUUUUAUAUAAAGAAGCAAACGCCAUUUAAACUUUUCAAGGAAGAGGUUGCCAAAGAAUUUGGUGUGCCUGUUCAAUUUCAACGGUUCUGGAUAUGGGCAAAGAGACAAAACGACACAUACCGUGCCAAUCGCCCUUUAACAGCACAGGAGGAGACACAAUCGGUUUCCAAAAAGAAUCACAAUGCUGAACUGAAAUUGUUCCUGGAGAUAGAGACUGGACCGGAUUUGUAUUAUCUUCCACCACCUGACAAAAGCAAACAAGAUAUACUUGUUUUUGUCAAGCUUUAUGAUCCUGAGAAGGAAGAACUCAGAUACGUUGGUAGGUUUUUUGUGAAGAGUUGUGGUAAACCGACUGAAAUAAUAUCAAAAUUAAAUGAGAGAGCUGGAUUUAGUCCAGAUGAAGAAAUUGAACUCUAUGAGGAAAUAAGAUCUGAGCCAUGUGUCAUGUGUGAACGUCUUGACAUAGAAAAGUCAUUUAGAUAUAGCGAGAUCGAGGAUGGAGACAUUAUUUGCUUUCAGAAACCAUCUCAUGCUCAGGAUAUGGAUAAAUACCGAUACCCUGACGUUCCUUCAUUUCUGGAAUAUGUCAAAAAACGUCAGGAGUUAAAAAUACAAUGUCUGAAAACCUUGAAGAUUAGCUUUCACCAUUCUACCAAAGAAGAGCCUGUCAUUCACAAUAUUAGGCUGCCUAAGCAGAGUACUGUUGGAGAUGUUCUAAAUGAAAUUAAGACAAAGGUGGUAUAA